AAGACAAAUUUAGCAUUCUCUGGGGAUCACUUAGAAACAACAUAUUACUGAAGGGGUGCUGCACAAAGGAUCUUGGAACAAGAACUAGAGUUUAAGGGGAAACCAACCAAAAAGAAGAAAUACUCACAGAACUCUUCGGGUAGCAAUGAUAUGGAUCCUGUAAAGAAAAAUAAGCGGGAUGGAACAGAAGUCACAGAGAGACUUAUCACAGAAACAGUUACCACCAGACUGACAUCUCUUCCUCCAAAAGGUGGUGGUAGCAGUGGGCACAAAACAACAGCCUACAGUGGAGGAAGCGGAGUGGAAAAGAGGACAUACACCCAUGGCAGCAGUUACGUCACAUCCACAGGUGGAAAUGCUAGAAUGAAUGCCUCCUCGUCUUCCUACAAGCAAGCCAUCAGUCCUUCCUCUAAUCUUCCCAAAUCACCUGGAUCAACCUUUGAGCGAAAAACUUAUACCACCCGCCAUGCAACAUAUGAAGGGAGCUCCAGUGCAAAUUCAUCUCCAGAGUUUCCAAGAAAAGAUUUGGGUUCCUCUGCUACCAGAGGGCGAAGCCAAACCCGAGAGAGUGAAAUCCGAGUGAGGCUGCAGAGCGCUUCUCCAUCAACCAGGUGGACAGAACUGGAUGAUGUUAAGCGACUUCUUCGGGGAAGUCGUUCAGCAAGUGCCAGCCCAACACGAUCCUCAUCAAGCACACUCCCUAUACCCAAGAAAGCUGUGGUGGAAACCAAAGUGGUUACAGAAAGCUCCCAGUCAGUAUCAGGGACAUACGAUACAGCUAUCUUGAAUGCUGCCCUCCCACAAUAUAUGUGGUCCUCCACCCUGCCUGCAGGGUCAUCUCUUGGUGGUUACCAUAACAAUAUGACCCAGAACUCAUCGCUGAUCAACACUGCAGCUCAUUCUACUGGAUCAGUGUUUGGAGUCCCAAACAAUCUGGCUCCCAACUCCCCAACUCUGAAUGCAGGCCUCAGCACCUCUUCAACAGUAUUUGGUGUCCAAAACAACCUGGCUCCAAGCACAUUUGCUACAACCAAUAGUGGAACCACAACCUCAUCAGCAACAUACGGAGUAAAGAAAAAUACUACUCAGAGCUCUGGUGUGACUAGUACUGGUGUUUCCACCUCAUCUACAACAGCCACGGGUACGGUUUCCCAGAAUGAUGACAUCCUACGCAAGGACUGUAAAUUUGUGCUCCUUGAGAAAGAGAAUGUGGUUCCUAAGAAAGAAGUGGAGCUGCUGAUCAUGUCAAAAGACAGUGGGAAAGUGUUUAGUGCAUCCAGCACUGGUCUCAACGGAGGUUAUUGUACUGAGGACACCCUGAAGAAAGAAAAGCAGGCUAUUUCUUCCUCUUAUGCUGGAGAUUCCUUCCUCAAAUCAGACACAAAUGGAGGACUACAGUCUGUUUCAACAAAGGACAAAGCCACUUAUGCAGAAAUCCAGCGGGACAAUGGGUGUGGAGGGGCAGGUGCUGCUCCAGCCUGGUGCCCUUGUGCCUCCUGUUGCAGCUGGUGGAAGUGGCUCCUUGGCUUGCUUCUGGCCUGGCUCUUUCUACUUGGACUGCUUUUUGGGCUUAUUGCCCUAGCGGAUGAAGUGAGGAAGCUGAGAUCCCGUGUGGAGAGCCUUGAGUCCCGGGCUGGCAAUUGGCAGGUUAAUUCUGAUACUGUGGAAAGUGUGCAUGUCAGCAAGGUUGGACAUUUUGCCAAGCAUUCAUCAACUCUGGAAGAUAUGAAUGAAGACCAGCUAUGGCUAUUAAUGAAGAGGAGGCUGGAUGCCGAGAGAAAUCAAGGUUAUUUCCGAGGCGAGCCUGGACCAAAAGGUGAUAUGGGCAUCGAAGGGCCAAAAGGAGACCGAGGACUUCCUGGCUCAGCAGGUGUUCCAGGUGUGAUAGGUCAUCCUGGGCCGGAAGGACCUAAAGGACAGAAAGGCAACAUAGGUGACACUGGUAUAGAAGGACCCAUGGGACAAAGAGGAAGAGAGGGACCUUCAGGUCCUCGUGGAGAACCUGGUCCACCUGGGUUUGGAGAAAAAGGUGACAAAGGCUCUGCUGGAGAUCCAGGACCUCAAGGUCCAACUGGUCCUGCAGGUCCAUUUGGUCCCAAAGGUAUGAUAGGUGCACCUGGCCUCCAUGGUCCCCCUGGCCCACCUGGGAGUCAAGGAUUCAGAGGUGAACUAGGUGCUCCAGGUAUUAAAGGUGAGAAAGGUGCCAUGGGAGCAUCUGGGUCCAAAGGUGAUCAAGGCGAGAAAGGACCUCGUGGUCUUACAGGUGAACCUGGUUCCAGAGGGCCCGCUGGACCUAUGGGUGAACCUGGAGCUAAAGGAUCAGCAGGUCCACCUGGGCCAGAUGGACACCAAGGUUCUAGAGGAGAGCAAGGUCUCAUGGGAAUUCCAGGCCAACGAGGUCCAGCUGGGCCUCCUGGAGAUGCAGGACAACCAGGUCUCACAGGACCUCAGGGAUCACCAGGGCUCCCAGGCAGUCCAGGCCGUCCAGGGUCUAAAGGUGAACCUGGAGCUCCAGGCCGGGUUACUAGCACAGAUGGAGCGUCAACUGUUGCUCUUCCAGGACCUCCAGGCCCAUCAGGGGGUGUUGGGCCUCCAGGUCCACCUGGUGUCCCAGGUCCUGUAGGUCCAGCUGGUCUUCCUGGAGCUCAAGGCCCUCGUGGUGAGAGAGGACCACCAGGUGAAAGCACUGUUGUGGAAAUGAGACGUGAAGCUGUUUCUUCAGCUGCUCAAGAGAUGCCACAAAGACCUGGACCACCUGGACCUCCUGGACCCCCAGGCCCACCAGGAAUUUCUAUUCCGGGACCCCCUGGUCCAUCAGGAGAACCAGGACCUCGAGGCCCACCAGGAUCCUUUGUGCCCACAAAUGAAAAUUUCUUUGCUGGCCCACCAGGUCCACCUGGCCCCCCAGGGCCAAAAGGAGAACAAGGGUUGCCAGGCCUACAAGGAUUUACAGGUGAACCAGGGCAGCCUGGUCUUCCAGGAGCUUCUUCAUAUGCAGGUGCUGGAGUUGCCAUCCAAGGACCUCCUGGCCCACCUGGCCCCAAAGGUGAUGCAGGAGUUCCAGGAGCCCCUGGCAUCCCUGGAGGAGCUGGAUCAAGAGUUUCUCAGGGUCCUCCAGGUCCACCAGGCCCUCCUGGACAACCUGGCCUAGGAGUUGGUUCAGUGCGUGAAAUCCAACAGUACGUUGCUGAGUACUUACAAAGUGAUGGACGUUAUCUGGUUGCACCUCAAGGUCCACCAGGUUCUCCAGGUCUUCCAGGAGUUGUUACCAUUGAUGAAGAAUCUUUGGACUAUGGGAAGUUGGCCCGUCAUGUUAUGAACCACAUGUCCGCUUUAGGCGUCUCUUGGUCAUCUUCCCAUUCAUCCUCAUCAACAACAGUUUAUGAUGAUCUUCUUGCCCUGCUACAGAGACAGGAUGUUCGUCAGCUAUUAAUUGGACCUCCAGGUCCACCUGGGCCACCUGGAAUGGGAGGAAAUGGCGUAUCUGUGUCACUGGACUAUGAUGAACUAACCAGACGGGUAGUCAGCUACAUGACUAGUUCAGGAAUUGGUAUUGGGCUUCCUGGCCCUGCAGGGCCUCCUGGUCUGCCUGGAACAUCAUAUGGAGACAUCUUAGCUUUGCUCCAAGCCUCAGAGUUCAAUGGCAUUGUAGGACCACCAGGUCCCCCAGGCCCACCGGGACUUUCCACCCUCACUGCAUCGGAUAUCUUCGCAUACUUGCAAAGUGGAGGAUACUCUACAAUUCCUGGACCCCCUGGGCCACCAGGACCCCCAGGACCCCCAGGCUUUUCAGGAACUGGCCUUGGGACCUAUGAUAACAAGAUCUGGACUGACGAGUUCAGGAGUGAAUUGAUCCAGUACCUCACUAGUGAUGACAUACGUGGUUUUAUCAGAGGUCCUCCUGGGCCACCAGGGCCACCUGGACCACAUGGAGAUGGAAGCAUUAUGUCUGGAUAUUACAGAGGGUCUCUAAAUUCAGAAGGAUCAUAUGGCAGAUCCGUGAGUUCAGAUGUAUCCUAUGAUGCCACAGGGACAUACGGUGGUUCAGUGGGAAGUAAUGGAGCAAUCAGUGGUGCACUUGGAGCAGGUGGAUCUUAUGGUGAAUCACUGAAUGGAGAUGAAUCACAGAUGAGAUCAACAGGGACAGGAAGAUCGUAUGGUGGAUCAUUGGACUACAAUGAGUUGGCAGUUCGAGUUUAUGAAAACAUUCAGAACAGAGGGCUCUUCCAGGAUAUGAUGACUUAUGCUACGCAAGGACCACCUGGGCCUCCAGGGCCUCCUGGCAUCAGCAGGGUGUUUGCAUCCUAUGGAAAUGUCACUGAAGAUCUCAUGAGUUUCUUCAGAACUUAUGGAACUAUUCCUGGACAGAAAGGAGAGAUGGGAUUCCCAGGACCCAAAGGUGAUAUUGGACGAGUUGGGCCACCAGGUCGUCAAGGCCCAAGAGGUCCAAAAGGUGAAAAAGGCGAGAAAGGUGAUCAUGCAUAUGGACGAAGAAAAAGAAGAAGCAUUGGGGUCUAACCUAAGAAUGUAGCUUAACGUAUUAACUUCCAAAAUUGUUUGACUGAUUUUUUUUUUGCUCUCAGUGGUGACAAAGCCUUAAUUUCUAGUGACUUCCAGCUAUCAAUUUGCCUUUAAGACUUGGCGUUUGAAAAAUGAUACUCAUGGUUUUACUUCACUGAUAUUUAAACUUGAACCUGAAAAAACAUUUCUUUGUUAAUGCAUGUAGAUUUGUGAUGGUUUAGAACUGGAUCUAAAUACAACCAGUAUCUAAGCCUGAGGAUUUGAUAGUAUUGCAUUUUAAUGUAGCCUUCAGGAUACAUUUGCACUUACGGUAAUUUCUCCCAAUGAAAAUUUUUCAGAAGAAACUAAAAAUCAGAUUACUAGAUUGCAUAAAUUAGUUUGAUGAGAUGGAAUGUAGACAAUGCACAUCCAAAAUGAGAAAUACUAUAGAUUUAAACAGAUAUGGCUAUACUCCAAUAGAUGUCAGUAAAGAGUGUAACCAAUUCCCCAUUUAAUACCAAUUGAUAAUUGCAUUGCAAAAAUGUGAAGGGCCUUGGGCUUGUUAGUAUUUAAACAUGUUCUGCUAGAAUCUUUCUAUUGUAUUAAGUUAAAAAAGUCCAUUUUAAUGUACAGCUUCCCAGUUAAAGCUUUGUUCACUCUCUUUAGUGGAAACUAGAUGCUAAAUAUUACGACCGACAGAUUUGAAUGCAGAGAUGGGCAAACAGGCACAAUCAAAUGUGUACUCUGGGGCAGUAAGCACUGCAUACACGGCAGGCAGCUCUAUCCAAACCCUGAAACUUCUCUGCUGCCAAAACUCCCCACAGGGCUGACAGGACAUAUGCUGCUGUAAAGCAGGUCUAAAUCCAAGAGCCAGUGUGCCACGCUACUGACCCUCAAUCCUGGGGAAUGCCCCAUCCUGCCCAUCCCAUGCUGGCGUCUGAGCAGGACACCAACACAGCCCCGUCUCAGCCCAGACUUCCAGGGUCUGCAGCAACAGAGCUGUGUGACAGGGGGCCAGUGGUACAAAUCCCCCUCCGCCAGGGUAAGUGACCCAGGGAGGACAAAUGUGCCAGUGUGAGGGUGCAUAGCUCCCCAGGACCUUUUGCCCCUCCUUUGAAUGAGGCUCUUAAUCUUUCAUACUGAGCUCAGUCAUUCCCCAUCAAAGCAAGCAGGUUUACCUGGGACAACUCUGCCUUCUUUUGCCUGUUUAUGAGCUCAUCUUUUAAGAUGCUGUCUCUUUGGUGGGCAUGUGCAAUGCAGUUAGCAUGGGCCAAUAUGCACUUAGGGGACUAUAGGCAACAGGCCUCAACCAUUGUUGUGAGGUCUCCAACAAGGCAGGUAAAGCAAGCUUUCAUACAGGGAACUUUGCAUGCUGUGGUUUCCAUAGCCACAUAAUAUAAAUGCAACAUGGCAGCAGUUGGGUGGUGAUCAAGUAUGGUCAAUUGCUUUUGACAAAUCUGCACUGAUGACACACUGAAUGAUCUUCUGACUUUGGACCAUAGUAAAAGGACAACAAUCUGCAGAGAACUAAAGUAUUUUUUUACAAAGCCAGUUCUGAACAAGACUUUCUACAGUUUUCAACUGUAAUAAAUGGAACCUGUGAGACUCAUAAUAUUUAACUUUGAUGAAACUUUAAUGAAACUUUAAAACUUUAAAUCCCAAAUCACUGAUAUGUAUCUGAAAGCUGUCAAAUUGAUACAUCUAAGAACCAUGGCUGUGCUUUAAGAUUUAGUCUUGAUAUUUUGCUACUAAGGGUAGAUAACUUGACAGCUAUUGGGAAAUGGGGAAAAGACAUUCAUUAGGGAAACAGGAAUAAUGUGGAUAGCUCAUUUGGGGCAGGCUGGCAACCUAGCCAUCAUCUUCUUCAUCAGAUUGUUUACAAAUAUUAUUCUGAAUUUUUCCUAUUCAGAUUGCUGUCUGAGUAGAACUUCGUUGCAGUGGUUUUUGGGUGGCAAGCUAGCACCAUAUACUCUGCAGGGCUUUGAUCAAGCAUUUCUCCACAUGCUCCCAUAAUACACCACAAGCUACUUCUGACACUCAGGGGAGUUUCAAAGUUAUGUUUAAUAUGACAGUAGUGGUUCAUUUUCAAAUGUACCUCCUUAACCCCCCCUUCCCCCCAGCCAGGAGCUCAAUGGAUCAAUGCAAGGCCGUAAGUGACUUUCUGGCUUAUGGCCAUUGGGAUGAUGAUCCAUGGUAAAAAGGUUCUUGUCUUUUAUUUAGUGAAUACAAAUAGGACAUGAUUAAUAUCUUGUAACUGACAUUUUGUUGUUUAUGAGAACAGAGUGUUCAAUAUAUAAAGAGCUUGGUGUGUAUUCAAACUCUGUUAAUGUUAAUGAGACUUUGCAUUUUUUAAAAAUAAAAACUCUUAAAAAGUU